UUCUUCACGAGGUGUCCGUGUCUCUCUCUCAACUCUCAAGAAAUUCCCCAUUGAUACGCUUCUUCUUCUGAAAAGAAUAGAAAAAUUUUUUUUCUCUCUUUUUCUUUAAAAGAAUUUUUCUGAUAUUGAUAGUUGAUACCCCGUCGUUGAAACUCAGAUAUCUGAAAGGUCAGUAGCAUUUGCCGGCCUCGUAAGAUCCGAGAAUCACUCUUCAGUCUUUAUCUUUAAACAUACGCAAAACUUUCAAUUUUUUUUUUUCUUUCCCUAAAGAUCCAAUUUUUAUCUUCAAUUUUAUUCGGAAUUACCCGAAAUACCGGAAGAAAUGGGCAUUUGCAUUUGAUUCCCAACGUUUUUUUUGUUUGACUAGAACUGCUUCCUCCCAACCGUUUCCUCCCUCUCUCGUGCCGAAAGUUUCUUGACUUUAUCUGGGAAUUUUGUAUCUUCUUUUCCGGAUUUUGGAUUCAUUUUUGGGUGUCGGGUAUUGGGUACUUGAUUUUCGGGCAAUGUGGGCUGCUUGAACUGAGUUUGAUCCAAGAUUUUCGCGUCUGGAUCGUCGGGUGGGUGCCAAUUCUUUUGGCCGCAUUUCCAGUUUGAAGCCCGAUGGCGUUUAUUUGAGCAAGUGUUUGAUUGGGUUGAGUGUGAGUGUUUUAGGAAUGGAUUCAUGUUGAUUCUAAGGUAUAUUUGAUUUGAUUAGGAAUAGAUUAAAGAUUCGGUUUUUGAUCCGAGGAUUAGGAUAGAAUAGAAAUGCCGGUUGGAAUAGAGAACGCCAGAUUUUAAGGUAUAUUGAUUGAUUAGGGAUAGAUAAAAGAUUCGUGUUUUGAUCCAAGGAUUAGGAUAGAAAUGCCGGUUGGAAUAGAGCUUAAUGCUGAAGGGGGGAAAAGUUAGAUUAGGUUUUAGCCUAGAAAUCAUGGGCUGCAUGUGCUCAAAGGGGGUAUCUCCCAGGAAAAAGCUACCAGAGAAGCAUGGAAAAUUGAAGGAGAAAGAAUCAAAGAAACAUUCAUCGAAACGUUCCGUGGCGUCCUAUCGAAAGGAUGAUCUGGGUGUGGGGAUUGAUAGUGGCACUAAUGAGGUCACUACUAGGCUUAUCUCCAUAGAGUCUUUAGAGAAAAGUGCAGGCUCCUCGCCCCCCGCUGGUUGGGAUGAAGGGGGCGAGCAGGUUUCCGAGAAGGCUGUUGUGCCUCAGGUUCAAAUUCGGCCCGCAACUGAUGCUGCUGGCAGUGCCCCCGGGGGCGGGGGCAGGGUGCAGCCUCAGUUGAACAGUGUGUUCAGUGUGAGGAAUGGAGUUGAUGGUGCUCAGGUCGUCGCCGGGUGGCCAUCGUGGCUAACUGAUGUGGCCGGGGAAGCUAUUAAAGGGUGGAUUCCUCGAAAGGCGGAUUCGUUCGAGAAGUUAGAAAAGAUUGGUCAAGGGACAUAUAGCAGUGUGUACAGAGGCCGAGACCUUGAAAAUAAAAAACUAGUUGCCUUAAAGAAAGUGCGGUUUGCAAACAUGGAUCCAGAAAGUGUUCGUUUUAUGGCGAGAGAAAUCGUUAUACUCCGUAGGUUGGAUCACCCAAAUGUGAUGAAGCUUGAAGGUCUUAUGACUUCUCGGGUUUCGGGACAUUUAUAUCUUAUAUUUGAAUAUAUGGAGCAUGAUCUUGCAGGUCUCGUUGCAUCGACGAAUGUCAGGUUUACUGAGUCACAGAUAAAGUGUUAUAUGCAACAACUGUUUCGUGGACUUGAACACUGUCAUGGUCGGGGGGUUUUGCACCGUGACAUCAAAGGUGCAAACCUUCUAAUUGACAACAACGGAAAUCUAAAGAUAGCUGAUUUCGGACUUGCAACCUCUGUCCGCUCCAAUCAGCCACUGACAAGUCGUGUAGUCACGUUGUGGUAUCGACCACCGGAGCUUUUGCUUGGCGCUACAAACUAUGGAGUAGCCGUAGAUUUGUGGAGUUCUGGUUGCAUCAUUGCCGAAUUGUUUGCAGGAAAACCUAUCAUGCCGGGAAGAACUGAGGUUGAACAGCUACAUAAAAUCUUUAAACUUUGCGGUUCACCGUCCGAUGAGUACUGGACAAAAUCAAAAUUGCCACAUGCAACCAUUUUUAAACCUCAACACCCUUACAAACGCUGUUUUGCCGAGACAUUCAAGGACUUCCCACCAUCAGCAUUAUCGAUUCUGGAUUCCCUCCUGGCUUUUGAACCCGAGUGCCGGGGAUCUGCAUCUUCAGCACUUCAAAGUGAGUUCUUCACAACACAGCCUCUUCCAUCCGAUCCAUCUUGUUUGCCUAAGUACUCACCAACCAAGGAAUUCGAUAUCAAAAUGCGAGAAGAGGAAGCGAGAAAGCAAAAAGGCGGUGUUAAUAGGGAAACGAAAGUGUCUAAAGCUGUGCCAGCACCUGAUGCUAACGCUGAGUUGCAAGCAUCCAUACAGAAGUGGCGAGGGCUUUCAAACGCCAAGAGCAUCAGUGAGCAAUUUGAUCCGGCAGAGAAUGGUGGUUCUGUUUUCCCGGGUGUGGCGUCUAGAGGAGCGGUAUAUAAUGGUCAUUUAGCGGUUCAUGGAGGAUGGAAUAAUGAGGUUAGUUCUUCGGGCCACGGUCCAGAGCUGAGACCGCACAGAUCCUUCCAACCCCGGGCCGAGCUAUCCAGAUUCUCGAAUUCAAUGGCCGCCAGUGGUAGUUCAAGAUUUGACCUUAUCAGAGACGGCUGCCACCAAUCACACUGGCCCGAAAAGCAAUUUGACCGAAAAUUUAACUCGAUAAACGACCCAGAGUCGUCUCAUUCUUUGCUCAGGAUACCAAAUCACUCGUUCAAAAAGGAUCAGCAGCCGUCUAAAAAGGACCACACAAUGAAAAAUGCUAGAAUGCACUACUCGGGGCCGUUGUUUCCACCCGGGGGAAGCAUAGAAGAAAUCCUUAAAGACCAUGAGAAACAAAUCCAACACGCUGUCCGCAAAGCUCAUCAUCUCAAUAACGCUAAGGUGAAGAAAGCAUACCAUAAUGAUCAUGGCGGGCAAACCACAUCUCUCCUGCAGUACGUGGGUACAGGCCGGUGAUUCUUCCGAGACGACACAUGGCAGCAGUUUUUCAGUUUUCACCAUAUCCCUUAACGUUAAAACGAGGAAUCGAGCAGGGAGAAAAGAUAGCACCACCACCGGUGUUCAGAGAAUCAAGAAUGGAGCUCGGGAUCAACAAAGGGUAAAAAAAAUUUGUUUAUUUGGUCGGGAAAACUUUCGUUUAAACACUGCAGGAACGUUCUUGUACAGUUUUUGAUCAAUUUAAUCCUUUUUCGUAAGCAUAAAUCAGUGUCGCAAAUGCAUAUAGAGGAGAUUCAUACGUAUAACAUCGUCUUAACAUCUCAUCUUAAUAGGAGCUCCCGCGGAAACCUUUCUUGUUCCGCUGUGAUGAAUAGAAACUGAAAACAUGUACUGAAUAGACAAUAGAUUGUUUCUUGCAAAUAUCAUGAAUAGUUAUAGUGUUUACUUUCAU